AUGGAUAAAAAUUUUGUGAAUGAACAUGAUGAACAAUUAAUAAAAACAUUGCUUAAAAACAAGCCAAUAUUCAGUGAAGAUUUGAUUGAUUUCUAUCUUUCACAAAGUGGAUGUCAAAUUAACGAAAAAUCAUGCCUGAGAUUAAUAUCAUUAGUUUUACACAAAUCAUUAGAUAAUAUAAUUAAUAAAACAAUCAGUCUACAAGCCAAUGGAUCUUCAAAUAAUGAGGAAAACAAAAAGAGUUUCAAAAACGAAUUAAAUUAUAAAGAAUUGGUAGAGGCACUAAAACAACUUGAUGAUACGUAUGAAAAUGAAGAAUUGUUUAAAAACUUCAAUGUAUUUUUAGAAUAA